CCCAAACCUCUCGAACAAGGGUCUGUGAAGAAAAUAAAAAUCGGCAUAAUGGAGGACGUCUAUUGCAAAGAGAGUAUCCAGGAGGGUUCUGCGAGCGCCGCGAGGGACAAUAAGUCUUUGGUGUUUUUCGUUGCGGGCGAGAACUGCUGGAGAAGCAUGAAGUGGGAAAACGAGAAUCUACUGGACGGAGAGAUAUUUCCAUUGCUCAAAUAUAGUAGCAUCGUUUUCAAACUGAAGGCUGGAUCGGCGGAGGCUGGAUUCCUUGCCAUGUUCUGCCCUGUGGAGCAAGCUCCAUAUUUGGUUGUUGUAAAGAAUGUCUCCCUAGUAACAAAACUCACCUCCGACACUCCAGACAGUGCCUUUACACAAUCCUUAAAAUCUGCCCUCUCUCCUACUGCCUCUCCACCCCCUCCCUCGCCCCCUUCAACCUCAGUUUCAACUCAAGGCUCAUCCCAAAACACCUUGUCAUCCCUCUUUGCCGACCGCCGAGUCCGCCUAGAGCAGCAGCAAAAGGCCCUCACUGCCGCAGCCCGCGAGAAAAAAGCGGCGGAAGUCAAACGCCGACAAAACAAUUUAACUCCCGACCGCAAAAAGUACGUCGAGGAGCAGACGCGCCGCAUAGCAGAAGAGAAGGCCGAGAAGGAGCGCAUCCUGUUAGCCCUCCAACACGAUCGCAUUGAGCGGGAGGUGCGUGAGCUGAGGAAGCGGCAGGGCCGGGCCGCGGUUUUUGGUACCCCAGUGCAAGCGAUCGAUCGAACGGAGGAGGAUAAGGUUGCAUUUAAUGAGGUUUUGGUUAGUGUUAGGCUGUUGAAUGGUAGGCUGAUAAAGGCGAGGUUUUUGGAGGGGAAGGGCUUAGCAGAACUUAGGCAUUGGGUUGAUGAGAAUCGGACGGAUGGGGCGGAAGCGUACACCUUCAUGCAGCCGCCUGAUCGGAAGUUCUCCGCGCUCGACGAGAACAAAAGCCUAAAGGAGUUGAAGUUUCCAAAGCUCAUGAAUUUAGUACUCGUUCGUCGCUGGUCCUAGUGCUGUUACGAUGUAGGUGGGGAGAGAAAGCUUUAGGGAGCCAGUCUCUUUCCAAGUUACCUGUACUGUAUAAGCGGCACGAUUGUGAUUUUAUGUGCACAGAGACCCAAGGUUCAACAUUGAUUUCAUCAUAGGAUCUCACUCGCCCGGCUAUCUCGGUAGUGAGGUGCAGUGCUGUAGAAGCUUGUGUCAAUCAUAUGAUAGUAAUUGGACGGUGUUCCAUGUCGCCAAGCGUCCGCGCCCCCCCCGUAGGGUCAAGAAAUUUUGGUCUUUAUUUUUUGGAAGGGGGAAAGGAGCUGUUCUUUUGUUGUGUUUUCUCGUUCAUUUUCAGAGAAGGGAAGUUUUUGACUAUGAUCCUGUACAGUACAUAGCAUGCCGUCCAAUCGUUUUAAGUUUU